UCUUCAUUUUGCCUGAAAUCAGUAUUCACGUUGUCGCUGUAGUCACUUUCGUAAGGCUAGUAGUACACACAGGGGCACGCGAUACGUGGUCGGUGAAUCUCGCGCACCUUUUACGCCUUCCCUUCUGACUGCCAAACACUUCACCAUCAAAAUCGCCAGAUAUCAUCGCAACCAUGGCGCCAGCAGCUGCACCAGAGGCGACGUUCAGGAAAGAUGAGAAAGUGUUUUGUUUUCAUCACGAGCUGUUGUACGAGGCCAAGGUUCUUGAAGUCCGACCUGUCGAAGGCGACGAGAAGAAGAAUGGCUUCGAGUACAGAGUGCACUAUAAGGGAUGGAAGAACACCUGGGACGACUGGGUUCCCGAGGACCGCCUGCGCAAGCUAACCCCCGAGAACCGGGAGUUGGCUAACAACUUGAGACACGAGAUGCUGGCGGCUCAACGCGCCGCAAGAGCUCAACCCGCGCCCGCUAAGAAGAAGGCGCAGGGCUCAGUGCGUGGCAGUGAAGAACGGCAAAGCUCUGUCACUGCUGCACCACGUGGUCAAAAGAGGGUUCGCGACAACGACCUCGAAAAGGAAGAGACAUUCCAGAACAAGCUAGCCGUCAGGAUUUACAUGCCUGAUAGGCUGAAAAGUCUCUUGGUUGACGACUGGGAAAACAUCACCAAGAACCUGCAGCUGGUGCAGCUGCCUUCAGCACAUCCGGCGGGUGUCAUUCUUGAUGAGUAUCAGAAAUACGCCAUUCAAACUGGAGCUCGCAGCAGCACCGAGCGCGACAUUCUUGAAGAGGUGAUUGCAGGUCUCAAAGAGUACUUCAACAAGAGUGUUGGGCGUCUCCUGUUGUACCGCUUUGAGCGCGAGCAGUUUUACGACAUCUGGACGCGCAUUCAACAGCCGACUGACGAGCUCGCUGGUAAGACGCUCGCCGAGAUUUACGGUGGCGAGCACCUUUUGCGUCUUCUGGUUACGAUGCCAGAGCUUAUUGCUCAGACCAACAUGGAUCAUCAGGCUGUCACUCGCCUGCGCGAAGAACUCAGCCAAAUGACAACGUGGCUGGCCAAGGAUGCCCAGAUCAACACGUUCUUUGUGCCUACUUAUGAGAGCCCAGGACAAGCCUAUAUUGACAAAGUCAAGUCGAGUACGUAGGAGGAUGCCUGGCUCGACCGCAAGAGAUCAAGGGCCUCUAAUAUGUUUUCCUGUUGAGUCACUCUGGCGCAAAUGUACUAUGAUCUGCUGCAUGGAUGUGGGCAUUGUCUGGUUGGCGCACUGGC